AUGCCCUUCAACGUAAUUGUCAGAUACACCGAGACAAAGAAUUUCCUCGUAGUAUCUAAGGUCCCAAGCAAGUACACUGUUGGACAGUUUCAGGAUCACCUUUUGAAGCUUUCUAUUCUCACAUCGGAUAUUUCUAACUACAAAAUCACUCAUUCCGGAAUAUCAUUAGAUCCCAUUACCCUAAUACAGGACCUUAAGACUGACGAUUCAUCAAAUAUAUUCGUUUUCGCAGAAGGUGUUCGACCAAUAGACGAUUGCGCAAUAACAUUUGGUGGAUUUGGUUAUGAACUCAAACCAGUGCAUGAAAAUCCGCCAUCUACUACAGAUGAACAAAGCAUUCCAUCCAUUGAACCCAAUAUUAGUGCUGAAAACGCUCAGCCAAAUUUACCGGUUGAACCACAGAACACACAGUUAUACGGCAAAACAGAUCCAAACUUCAAUUCAUAUGAAGUCGAAAACAUAAUGGAUACACCUACUCCUUUAGAUAUUCGACAAAGAUUUUUGAUCAACGUUAUCAUCAUAUUGACCGUUCUUAUUGGCAUAAGCUUUAUGAUUGCCAACUUCCUAAGCGAGAAACUCAAUAUAGCCCAAGAUCUUACACAAGCAAAUUUAAUUGAGUGGGUAAUUUUGUUAUUCGCUUUACUCUACUUUGCUUACCGCUACUUUGUCAAACCACUUUUCAACCAUUCACAUUAA